CCUAAUCAAAGUUAAUCAAAUCGACUCAAGAAAUGAACAUAACCUGUAAAUCACAUAAAUUUUUGUGUUUUGGGUAUUCCCUCCAAGAGUGCAACUUCCCGUGAAUGAUACUAUCUCUUUUGUAAUCUCUGCGGUUUCCUUCUUACCCGACUGAUUCGGCUUUUGGAGAACGUGUAGUGAGCCACCAUGGCUGGGCGAGGAGGCCGCGGCCUGGCGCUUUUGGAAGCGCUAAGGAAACAGAAGGAAGAACAACCCGGUGGCACCCCCCAAGAACCCACUGCGGCUCCCACUCCAGCUCUGCCUGCUGUGGCGCCGCUGCCCAAGGGGAGGGCUGCCCUAUUCCAGGCCCUGGCGGGGGGCGCAAGGAGCCUGCCUGGACCGCCUGCGCCUGCAGCGGAGCCUGCCAGCCCUGCCAGUGCCUCACCAGCAGCUCCUGCUCCUGGGGGCAGGGGGAGCCUUCUGGCUUCUUUAGCUCGGGGCGUAAGGCCACAAGUUGAAACCCCUUCCUCUCCUGGCUCUGUGACCUCAUCAGUUGAAGAGGUAACUUCAUCUACUGCAAAAUUAGCUGUGAGUGAGGAGCGAGAGGAAAAGCCUCCUGUCAUCAGGAAAGGAGAGACUGGAAAAGUAAUUAAGGCGAGUGCCAAUUUUGUGCGAUUGGGGUGUGAACCUGGGAAAGGUUUCUUUGAGUAUGAAGUUCGAUUCAAUCCUGAAUGCGACAGCAAACAGAUCUGUUUCAGAAUAUUGAACUCUGUCUCAGAUGCAUUUGGGAGAGUGAAAAAUUUUGAUGGAGUGGUGCUCUAUUUGCCAAUAAAGCUCCCUGAACAAACAACUUUAAUAAAAGCUAAACACCCAGUCGAUGGCAGUGAUGUCACUGUCAAAAUAAUGUACAAGAAGACAAGGCGAAUGGGUGAAUGCACUCAUUUCUACAAUGUUUUACUCUCUAAAAUAUUUAGAGUUCUCAACUUUACUAGGAUGGGGCGUCAGCACUAUAAUCCAAGUGCAUCUUCAACAAUUCCGCAGCACAAGCUAGAGAUCUGGCCCGGAUACGUGACAGCAAUUGAAGAAUACGAAGGGGGUAUUAUGUUGAACAUAAAUGCUUCUCACAGAGUCUUGCGUCAGAUGACAUGUUAUGAUGUCAUAAAGGAGGCACUGGGACGAAGCCGAGAUAAUUGGCAGAGUGUGGUAACCAAGGAUCUAAUUGGGGCUUGUGUCCUUACCCGGUACAAUGACAAACUGUACCGGGUGGAUGAUAUUGGGUUUGAUAUGUCACCUCAGGACACUUUUCCUGAUAGAGGGGGUGGUGAGACCUCCUUUGUUGAUUAUUACAAAAAGCAAUAUGACAUAACAAUCAGAGAUUUAAAGCAGCCUUUGCUUAUUAGCAAGGAGAAGAAAAAGACUGGCCCAAAGAGAGGCGAAGAGGCACAACCAGACAAAUUAAUUUGUCUGAUUCCCGAACUUUGUAACAUGACUGGACUUACGGACUCAAUGAGGACUAACUUUACCCUCAUGAAAGAUAUCGCCACGUAUACGCGCAUCACACCUAAUCAAAGGCAAAUGGCGCUCAAAAAAUUCAUCAGAUCUGUAAAAGAGAAUCCAGAUGCUGGGAAGGUCCUCUCAGACUGGGGGCUCACCAUUGAAGAUUCAACAGUGUCUUUUGAUGCUCGAGUUGUGCAAUCAGAAAAGAUUGUUUUUGGGAACAACAAAGAAAUAACUGUUGGACCUAAAGCGGACUGGAGCCGCGAUGCAACGAAUAGUGCAGUGUUGACUGCCGUUGACUUAAUGGCCUGGGCCAUCGUAUAUGUCCAAAAGGAUUCCAAUAUCGCCAGAGAUUUCGCAGACACGUUGGUGCGAGUUGGCAAACAGAUGGGGAUAGAAGUGGUGAAGCCUACCUUCUUGCCUCUGCCUUCAGAAAACACCAAUGCCUAUGUUAAAGUUCUAAGGGAGAAUAUUAAACCCCCGCUUCAGCUAGUUGUUACCAUUUGUCCGUCCAGCAGAGACGACAGAUAUGCUGCUAUAAAGAAAAUCACUUGCGCUGACAUGCCGAUCGCAUCUCAGGUCAUUAACAGCAAAACCAUAUCAAGACCUGAUAAAUUGAGAAGUAUAGUCCAAAAAAUAGCACUUCAGAUUAAUUGCAAGCUGGGUGGAGCCCUAUGGGCUGUGAAAAUUCCCUUUGAUGAUUUGAAGUAUGUGUUGUUUCAGGAUGAUUUUAUGGUCUGUGGUAUGGAUGUCUAUCACGAUCCAACAAGGAAAGGUGCCAGUGUGACUGGAUUUGUUGCUAGUUUGAACCAGCCCCUCACAAGGUGGUUUAGCAAGGUAACAUUCCAAACCCCUGGUCAGGAGCUUGUUGAUGGACUCAAGUUGUGCCUAAUCAGCGCCCUCAAGAAAUAUCAUGAUGUGAAUGGGAAAUUCCCUGACCGAAUCAUGAUGUUUAGAGAUGGUGUAGGUGAUGGGCAGUUAAAGUAUGCGUCUGAAUGGGAAAUUCCUCAGCUCAUGAGCUGUUUCUCUAUAGUUAGCCCGACUUACUCACCCAAAUUGACUGUAGUUAUAGUUCAAAAGAGAAUCAAUUGCAGAAUAUUCCAACAACUGGGGGGAAAUUAUGACAACCCUCCACCUGGAACAGUGGUAGACCAUACUGUCACUAGAAGGAAUUAUUAUGAUUUCUUCCUAGUAAGUCAGUUCUCUAACCAGGGGACGGUGACGCCAACUCACUACAUCGUCAUACACGACGGUUGUCAGAUGAAAGUUGACCAUGUGCAAAGAAUUGCGUACAAACUCACGCACAUGUAUUACAACUGGCCUGGAACAGUGCGCGUCCCCGCUCCUUGCCAGUAUGCACACAAGCUUGCCGAACUUGUGGGCAAAAGUAUUCAGAAGGACUACUCAGACAAGCUAUCUGACCGCCUGUUCUUCUUGUAGUUCUCAGGGGUUUUGUUUUUCACCGACUGAACUUUCCAAUUGAUUUAUGUUUGAUCAAGAAUAAUUUUUCAUUAAUGUUUAAUGUUCCUCUUUUUAAUCAAUUCUUGUCCAUUAGGGCAUCAAUUUGUAUUUGAAUUUUU